AUGAGAUUGUCACUGGAUCUCAAGCUCCCGGAAGAAGACAUCGAUAACCUCAUUUUCGCCAUCGAAAGAGCUCUCCCCGAUGAGCUUUCUGUGGAUGAGUUGCUUCUGCUUGUGGCCGAGCUGGCGGCAUCCCGUGUUGUAUUCUACCCAGACUAUGCAAAUCUAGCUGGCCGUAUAGAAGCCUCGAGGACUCAGUUGCUCGUGAAGCUCGAUUUCGCAGCCAACUUUGCACGUUUGGCUUCCUACGUUCACCCGAGAACAGGGCAAUUGUAUCCCUUGGUGGACUUGGAAAUUGCAGCUUUUGUGGAAGAACACAAGGAUUUUUUGAACGAAUUGAUAUGCUCUGAGCGUGACUUUGACUUGGCGUAUUUCUCCAUGAGAACGCUUCAGAACUCGUAUUUCAUUAGAAUGGGAAAUGUCCUUGCUGAAACUCCCCAGUAUCUCUUCUUGCGUGUUGCAGUGGGCAUUCAUGCUCCAACUAGAAAACCCAGUGUCUUGAAGGAGAUUCAAACAACGUAUGAGCUAAUGUCUCAAAGGUAUAUGAUUCAUUCUUCUCCUACGCUAUUCAACGCAGGCACCGUCAACAAUUACCUCUCGCUGUGCUUCUUGGUUGCCAUGGAGGAAGACUCAGUUGACGGUAUUUACAAAACGCUACACAAAGCAGCGCUCAUUCUGAAAGGUCUGGGAGGCAUUGGUCUCCACGUUCACGAUAUUCGUGCCAGUGGUGCUCUUAUCAAGUCCUCAAAUGGAACUUCCAGUGGCCUUGUUCCCAUGUUGCGUGUUUUCAAUGAUACGGCUCGCUACGUUGAUCAAGGCGGCAACAAGCGUCCUGGUGCUAUAGCCGUGUACAUUGAGCCAUGGCAUGCAGAUAUCGAAGAUGUGCUUGAUCUUCGUAAAAAUCAUGGUAAGGAGGAGGCUCGUGCUAGAGAUUUGUUCUAUGCCCUCUGGGUGCCUGACCUAUUCAUGAGAAGGGUGAAAGAAAAUGGUAAAUGGCCGUUAUUCUCCCCUGAUGAAGCACCCGGGCUUGCAGACGUAUAUGGGGAGGAAUUUGACAGGCUAUUUCUUGCUUAUGAGGCAAAUGGUCUUGCCAUGAAAAUCGUCGAUGCGCAGAAUUUAUGGUCCAAGAUCUUGAAGUCCCAAACAGAAACUGGCAUGCCUUUCAUGCUAUACAAAGAUGCUUGCAAUCGAAAGCUGAACCAGAAAAAUUUAGGGACAAUCAAAUCCUCAAAUUUAUGCUGUGAAAUAGUCGAGUUUUCGUCUCCUGAGGAGAUCGCUGUGUGCAAUUUGGGCCUGUUGGCACUUCCAGCUUUUCUUAGAGAAUACCCUACGGAUACCAUGGAUUUUGACUUUAAUAAGCUACACCAAGUCACAAAAGUCAUGGCGAGGAACUUGAACGCGGUCAUAGACUCAACGAUGUAUCCCGUGAAGGAAUCUGAGACUUCUAACAAAAAGCACAGACCUAUCGCAAUUGGCGUUCAAGGCCUUGCGGAUGUCUUUCUUCAAUGCAGACUUCCCUUCGACUCUCCAGAGGCUGCAAGACUCAACAAGCAAAUUUUCGAGACUAUAUAUCACGCAGCCGUGGAGAGCUCGAUGGAGCUAGCUAUUGAGCAUGGUCCGUAUGAAACUUUUUCUGGGUCUCCAGCGGCAGAAGGGAUACUUCAGUUCGAUUUAUGGAAUCACAAGCCAGAAUUCUUCAAUGACUGGGAUGAGCUCAAACUAAAAGUGCAAAAACAUGGAUUGCGAAACUCUCUUCUUUGUGCACCGAUGCCUACAGCUUCUACUUCUCAGAUCUUGGGUUAUACGGAAUGUUUUGAGCCUGUCACCUCAAAUUUAUACCUGAGACGAGUACGUUCGGGAGAGUAUCAGGUUGUCAACAAGUAUUUGUUGGAGGACCUUAUUGAUUUAGGCCUCUGGACACCUGCCAUGAAAGACAGGAUAGUGGUUGAUAAUGGACUGAUUCAGAACAUCAAAGAAAUUCCUUCUGAGCUCAAGAAACUCUACAAAACAGUUUGGGAGCUACCACAAAAGGUAAUCGUUGACAUGGCUGCCGAUAGAGGUCCAUACAUCGACCAGCUGCAAAGUAUGAACAUCUUUUUGCAAACUCCCACGUUUGGUAAACUCACCUCAUGCCACUUCUACGCCUGGAAUAAGGGCCUCAAAACAGGAAUGUAUUAUCUUCGGACACAAGCCGCAGCUCGAGCUAUACAGUUCACGGUUGACCCGUCACGAGCACUGGAUGGUUCUGGCGAGGUAGUCGAGCACGCCUUAGACAAGAUUGUUAGGAAGAAGUAUAUUGAAGCACGAGCUUUCACCAAGAAGAGAAUCCAGGAUGAUGUUGAGGAUACUUCCUCAAAAAGAACCCAUAAAGCGCCACUUGUGAAAGACGAGCCACCUGUGGACAGUGAUACCCAAAAUUCUAAUCAUCUGACAUAUAGUGGUAGGGUUUUUGACCCCCAUGACAUAUACUCCGAUACACCUGUUUCAUGCAACAUAAGCGGGGCAGAAAACUGUGAGGGGUGUUCGGGGUGA